AUGUCGUCGAACAAAUGGAAGGUGGAUCUGGAGACGAGGAGCAAGCUGCUACUCAUCCAGAAGACCAAGGGCAAUGAUCGAUGUUGUGACUGCGGCGCUCCGUCACCUCAGUGGGCCUCCCCCAAAUUCGGCAUUUUCAUCUGCCUAAAUUGCGCUGGCACCCACCGCGGCCUAGGCGUGCACAUCUCCUUCGUCCGCAGCAUAACCAUGGACGCCUUCAAGCCUGCCGAAAUCCAGCGCAUGGAACAUGGCGGCAACGAUCCCUGGAAACUCUUCUUCGAUGAGCACAGCGCCAACGUUGCAGAGAGCCGUGUGUUUGAUGACUCGACCAUCAAGGAGAGGUAUGAGGGCGAUGUGGGCGAGGAGUGGAAGGCAAGGUUGACGGCUAAGGUUGAGGGGAGGGAGUAUAUCCCCGGUGAAGAGAAGAAAGCUUUGUCGAGGGCUGGGACGCCGUCUUCUAUUUCUGCUGCGGGCAGUGACCAGAGAGGGUUGACGCCAUCCAGGUCCAUGUCGCCUGCAAAGCCGGAGGGGCUAGUUGGAAGUGCGGGAGCGGGAGGAAGAAAAGAGCGGAACGAAGCGUACUUUGCGUCUUUGGGGGCGGAGAAUUCGAGUAGACCGGAAAACGUGGCGCCGUCGCAGGGCGGGAAGUACACGGGAUUCGGAGGAGGGAUGCCAACGUCUACGCGAAGCGAGCAGCAGGAUGACAGUGGCGCUGCAAUACCGGGCCUGCAAGACUUCCAGAAUGACCCCGUUGCAGCGCUGACGAAGGGGUUCGGUUGGUUUACAACUACUGUGACCAAAGGCGCGAAGACGGUGAAUGAGUCGUAUUUGCAACCCGCCGCUAAGACGCUCGCGGAAACCGACCUGGCCGCCCAGGCCCGCCUCGCCGCCACUCAGGUAUCCCGAAAUGUCCAAACCGGCACGCGUGGAGCCGCAGACGCCUUAAGCCGAUUCGUCGAUGGUCCUGCAGACACAUCAACAUCGCCGACGGGUUGGCAUGGACCCCAAAGAAGAACAUUCGUGCCAGAGAGGAAGGACUUUUGGGAUGAUUUUGCCGCUCUAGGAGAGGAGAAGAAGCGGCCGGAUGCUGUUGGGACGGCAGCUAUGAAGGGUGGUGGGCCCCCUUCUGGUGGCGCUACUGGUGGUGCCGGUGCUGCUGGUGGGAACGGUGCAAAGGGGAAAGAUGAUGCGGUUUCAGAACCUGGUGUUGUCUAUCUUGAUACCUACUGGGGGGAUUCUCAGCAUCAUACUGAGCGCUUCAACAGGCCCACGGUUGUAUACGGCACGAGCGAAGACCCAGGCGUCGAGCGGAGAGUAGUCCGGCAUCGGAAUAUUCACUCUUCAGUGAUGGCGGAUGCGCUGCUCGCACACGUUUGGGCUGCUAUCCAACUGAGCGCGGGACCAUGGGGAAUCAACAGAGGACGUGUUUCUAAGUCUGUCUAUCGGAGCUCGGACGCAUGUAUCCCCGCCACUUCCGGAGUCAUUUAUCGGUUCUCCAUUGUUCCAAACCCACUUGCGAGCGCCUGGCAAGAAGGCACGCAUGGCUACAAAUCUGGGAAGGAUGGCAAGUCAAAUCCGGGGACGAUGAUGCUAUUUAGUCCAGCAAAGAUUGGAGCCAUGCUUCAUGACGCGGCCUACGAGGUAUCGCCGCAGAGGCUUUUGCAGGCAUUUUUGGGCACGCAACAUAGUCACAUUGGUGACUUCUUGGUUACAAUGGACGACUGUCUUCAGGUGAUGGAUAUUGGGGGAGACGAUGGAGGGAUUGAUAUUACGUUGUAUCUAGAUACGGAGGCGAUGGGAAAGCUUCUUGGAGAUGAGAAAAUGAUGAAUACUUCACUAAGAUCCGUAGUUUCGGAUUGA